GCUGAAUCAGUUCAAUUUUGAACAUCUCCAUUGAGAGAUUAUAAAACACACGAAUUAAUAAUUUCUAGUCUCAUUAAAUCAUCAACGAUGAAGCAAGUCACACUGAUUUUAAUUUUUGUCAUCUUAUCAGUAGCUUUUGCUGCUAAACCAAAACCAGUCGACGAAUGUGGUGAUAAUGAAGUUAUUUUCAAAAACUGUGAAUCAAGUUCACGUAAUGAUUGCUCAUGCUCAGCUGCUUUGAAUAGAGAUUGUAGAGUUGGAUGCAUGUGUAAAGACGGAUAUUGCAGAAAGGAUCGAACAAGUCCUUGUGUUCCUAGAUCUUGUCAACAUCCUGUUUAUAAUAAAAAUUAAUUGAACUAUUUGAACUUUGUAAAUUUGAAGCUAUAAAUUACAAAAAUUAAUUUGAUUAUUUUUUGAUGGAAAU